AUGGGAUUAUAUAGGGUGCCAUGGCAGGGUAAGUCCCCCAGACAUGACAUGGGGAAGGCUUUCCAGAGGAAGUUAGUUGAAGGCUGAGACAGGAGGGCCUAUAGAAGUUCAGGCGGAGAAAAAACAAACAAACAAAAGGAUGUGGGACAGUCCUAAAGCAUGGAGUGUUCAGGAAAACUGUACAUAGUCCAAAUCGGCUUGAGCAGGUUAGAGGAGAGGGGAGGUCAGAGGAGUCAGAGAAGUGUCACAUAGGCCACGCAGGGCCUCGCUGCUCUGUGAGGGGUUUGAGCCCUAUGCUGAGGGCAGUGCGCAGUCCCUGAAGGGUGUUAACCCAGGGCAUUUAGAAAGAGUGGCUGAGGGCAGAAUGGUUUCUAGGGAGAAAGUGUGGGGGGCAGGUCUCUGGGAGAUGCUGUGGGCCAGGUGAGUGGUACUGGUACACCGGUCGAGCGGCAGAGCAGAAGGAAAGAGGUGGCCAAGUGCCAGGGAUAUUGAGGAGGUGGUUUUGCCAGGAUGAGGUGAUGGAGUAGGUUGAAAGAGGGAUGCAGCAUCAGUGACACCCAGCUCUCCAGCUUGAGGGACCAGGUGGCAGAGGUGCCAUUCUCUAAAUUGGGGAGGCCACCAGAGGGGGAGAUGUUGGGGGGGAAGGGUAGGGUUCUGUUUUGAGCAAAUGGAAUCUUGGGGCACUUGGCUGGCUCAGUCGGCAGAACAUGUGACUCUUGAUCUCAAGGUUGUAAGGCUGAGCCCUACCCCUGAGUGUAGACUUUAAUUUAACACACACACACACACACACACACACACACACACACACACAGAAUGUGGGUCCAAAUGGGUAGUGGAGACACUUGCGGUUUUCCAGAAAGACAGAGUGGCCCACGUGGUCAGCUGCUGAAGAGAACCCUCUUCUUGGUUGAGGAGGUAAUAUCCUUUGUGGGGAGUGGCCAGGAGGACUCUGGUCUUGGCAGGAGCCAUUUGGUGGAACGGAGAUGAGGAAGGGACCCUUGGAGCAAAGCACAGAUCCUAGUUCAAGGGGUUUGGAGGGAGAGAGAAAGAUAAGACUGUCGCUGGGGGCCCGCAAACAGCUUGGUGUUUUCCUGUUUUAAACUGGGGGAGAUUCAAGUCCUUUGGAAUGUCAAAGGAAGCACCCAGAAGAGAGGGAGGCUGAUGAUUCCAGGAAGGGCAAGGGCAUUUAGACCUUAGGGGCCUUUCCAUCUUGAGGAGGGGGUACCUCUUCCCAUGGUACCAGGCAGUGAGAGCUGCGGUAGGCUUGGGGGAAGGGGAUGGAGGUUUGCAGGCUGGAAAUGAGAGCUCCCAGGUGAGGGCUUCUCUUUUCUCCAAAAAGUAUCAGGGAGAUCCUCCUGGAGCAGAGAUUGCAGAAGCUGUGACAUGCCACUGAGGAGAGGAGGCAGGAGCAGCACAGGGGAAACGGCCCAUUGGGCCUGGUCAGAGUCCAGUGGAGAGUGGAAAUCCUGUCUGCAGUAGCCCCAACAUGCCAAAAAGCAAGAUGGUUAUACGGUUUUCCCAGGCAGGGUUGAUGGGAGAACCCACAGGCAAGGGAGUCAGUGAGAGGCUGGAUCACUUGAUGGACUGGGGAGAGAGGAAAGGGACAAUGGGAGGGGUCAAUGCAUUCAGAGGAGAAGGAGGAGAAUUGAGGAGGAGGAGUUGAGGCUGGAGAAGAAUUUGGAAACCCCUGUGACCAGCAGGAUGGACAGAGGCUCUGGGAUGACUCCAGGAUGGGAGAGGAGGGGCACACUGCUUCCUUUUAGAAAGGGAAUCCCCAUUCUGGGGCUGGGAGUGCCUUCUGGCCAGAGGCUACCAUCCAAGGGAAGGGACUCUCCCAGAGGACCUCAGACCUUUCAUUGUAGGACCACUAGCCACCUAGAAGCUUUGGAGUGGGUGGGGCUGGAGACCAGGACUCCAGGGUUCAAUGCCCCCACAGGUUGCCCCAUCUUCAGGCAAGUCCACUCCUUGCUGGUUCCCCACCCUUCCCCUCUCAGCAGAGUUAGUGUGUAUAGGCUUAGCCCUCUUCCCUGACCCUGGAAAGAGACUGAAGGGAGACCCAAAAGAGCCAUAGGAAAGUAGGCCUUUACGGUGGGGAGGGGCGGGUGAAUGGAAGGGAAGCUUGGCUUCUUCUCCAGUGCUGUCUUUCAGCCCCAGCAAUUCUUCCGGGGCCAGGCUCCAUGCCAAGAGAAGCUUGGAGUGCAUUCAUUCCUUGCAAACCCACCCAGAGGAGGACCAGAGUUGAACCAGAGAAAGUGAUACUGAGCUGGAACCUGCCGCUGGUGCCUUCAGGCCCCUCCCUUUCCUGCCCUCUCCUAAGAGAAGCUGGAGCCCCCUUCCCAUCUCAGCUGGGGCCUCAGGACCCCGACUCUGCCCCAGGGGAGGCUAUACCUCCUGCUUUGGCCGGAGCACCGCCGGCGCUGGCGGCGGAGGCGAGGACGACGACGCGUGGAAGACGCAGCGCUCGGGACGCAGCUGGAUGGCGCGCCCAGGGCCGGGGGACCCCUGCCCCGCCCUCCAAGCCGGUGUCGCCGCGCAGGUCUGAGAAGUUCCGCAUGGGCCCUCCAGAGGGCGCCCGGGGGCGGGGGCGGGGCGGGAACCGGGGAGCCCGGCUAGGGCCGCCGCCGGUCGGUCCCGCCCCGCGGGGCUGCGACUGGGGUCCGAGGGUCGGAUGGGUGGCCAGGGAUUCCGGACUCAGGGGCGCCGGACGCUCAGUGGAGCCGGAUUCCGGGGGCUGAACGCUCCGGGCUUCGGAGUGGGGCGUUCUCAGGCACCGGGACGGCUCGGAUGCCGUCCCCCGGGACCCUCCCCUCUGCCUCCCUUCCCCCCGCCGGCGCCCAGCCGGGAGGGCGCUGCCCCUGGCUCGCGAGUGGGGCGGGUCUCCGGGCCCUGGUCCUCCGCUGCCCCUGGCGGAGGAGAGGGCACUUGAGAAUCGGCGCGUAGCGGGUGGGAGGGGGAGCCCACUCUUCGGGGGUACGCUCCCCCCACCCUCUCCGGCCGCCUCGGCCCCGCCCCGGCCCCGGGCCCCGCCCCGGCCCGGCCGCACCGCCCACUCCCCUCGGCCGGGCCAGAGCCCCGGGGGCCGCUGCCGCCGCCGCCGCCCGAGCGCCCGCCAUGCGCGCCGCCCCCGCCGCCCCGCUGCUCCAGCUGCUGCUCCUGCUGGGGGCGAGGCUCCAGGCUGCGGGAGUCGUGGAGCCACCGCUGCCCGCCGUGGUCCUUACCAUCCUGGCCCGCAAUGCCGAGCACUCACUGCCCCACUACCUGGGCGCGCUGGAGCGGCUGGACUACCCCCGGGCCAGGCUGGCCCUCUGGUGUGCCACGGACCACAACACGGACAACACCACACAGAUGCUGCAGGAGUGGCUAGCCGCUGUGGGUGAUGACUAUGCAGCUGUGGUCUGGAGGCCUGAGGGGGCGCCCAGGUCCUACCCAGAUGAAGAGGGUCCCAAGCACUGGACCAAAGAAAGGCACCAGUUUCUGAUGGAGUUGAAACAGGAAGCCCUGACCUUUGCCAGGGACUGGGGGGCUGACUACAUCCUGUUCGCAGAUACAGACAACAUUCUGACCAACAACCAGACACUGAGGCUUCUGAUAGAGCAGCGGCUGCCCGUGGUGGCCCCCAUGCUGGACUCCCAGACCUACUACUCCAAUUUCUGGUGUGGGAUCACCCCCCAGGGCUAUUACCGCCGCACAGCCGACUACUUCCCCACCAAGAACCGCCAACGCCGGGGCUGCUUCCAUGUCCCCAUGGUCCAUUCCACCUUCCUGGUAUCCUUGCGGGCUGAGGGAGCAGCCCAACUCGCCUUCUACCCCCCUCACCCCAACUACACCUGGCCUUUCGACGAUAUCAUCGUCUUCGCCUACUCCUGCCAGGCUGCUGGAGUCAUGGUCCACGUGUGCAACGAGCACCGUUAUGGGUACAUGAACGUGCCUGUGAAAUCCCACCAGGGGCUGGAGGACGAGAAGGUCAACUUCAUCCACCUGAUCUUGGAGGCGCUAGUGGACGGGCCCCCCAUGUGGGCCUCAGCUCACGUGUCCCGGCCCCCAAAGAAACCCAGCAAAAUUGGGUUUGAUGAGGUCUUUGUCAUCAGCCUGGCCCGCCGGCCCGACCGCCGGGAACGCAUGCUAAGCUCGCUCUGGGAGAUGGAGAUAUCUGGACGCGUGGUGGAUGCUGUGGAUGGCCGGACGCUCAACAGCAGUAUCAUGAGGAGCCUCGGCGUGGACCUGCUCCCCGGCUACCAGGACCCCUACUCAGGCCGCACACUGACCAAGGGCGAGGUGGGCUGCUUCCUCAGCCACUACUCCAUCUGGGAGGAGGUGGCUGCCAGGGGCCUGGCCCAGGUCCUAGUGUUUGAGGACGAUGUGCGCUUUGAGAGCAACUUCAGGGGGCGACUGGAGCGGCUUAUGGAGGAGGUGGAGGCAGAGAAGCUCCUGUGGGACCUGAUCUACCUGGGCCGGAAGCAGGUAAACCCUGAGGAAGAGGCAGCCGUGGGGGGGCUGCCACAUCUGGUGGUGGCCGGGUACUCCUACUGGACGCUGGCGUAUGUCUUGAGCCUGGCGGGUGCUCGCAAGCUGCUGGCCUCCCAGCCCCUGCGCCGAAUGCUGCCUGUGGACGAGUUCCUACCCAUCAUGUUUGACCAGCACCCCAAUGAGCAGUACAAGGCGCACUUCUGGCCACGGGACCUGCGUGCCUUCUCUGCGCGGCCCCUGCUCGCUGCUCCCACCCACUACGCAGGGGACGCCGAGUGGCUCAGCGACACGGAGACAUCCUCACCCUGGGACGAUGACAGCGGCCGCAUCAUCAGCUGGAGUGGCUCUCACAAGACGCUGCGUGGCACCCCCCUGGACCUGGCUGGCAGCAGCGGGCACAGUCUCCACCCCCACCACCCCCGGGACGAGCUCUAGGUCCAGGCAGUGACUCCAGAAGAGCUCUCAGGAGCCGGCUGCAGCUGGCCAGGGAGCGGACCUGGAGAUCGCUGGCAGGAGCCGCCACCAGAAGCCACAGACCCCAUAGAGACCCGACUGUCACCUUAGGCAUGGCCACUCUGCCCUCUGGCCCCACCUUACGUGGGGAGAAACCACUCAGAGAUGGGUCCCCUUCCCCGAAGUUCAUGUAGCAAAAGGGCAGGGCUCCCAGGCCCUCUCACCCUCCUGACUCAGGAUCCGGGGGGGGGGGGGGGGGAAGGUGGGGGGUUCCCCAGCCUUCAGUUCCGAACUGGGCCGACACCAGGAGCCCUGCCUUCCCCGCAGACCCAACUGCUGGGGCCCGUCUGCCAUCUUCUACCUCCACCUCAGUCCCCUCCCCACUCGACGCCUGGGUCUCACCUGCCUGGGCCCACCCUCUCCCCUGGCCAGUGGGAAGUGCAGGGUGGGUGAGAGGAGGGCCCUUGCAGACUUGGCACAUGGUAGGCCCUCAAUAAAAGCCAGCUGGUGUGUGCACUUUA